CGAACUGUCCAGCAGUGCUCGAAUUUCGGAAUUUAACGUUGAACAACACUAAGCGACCAAUUAUCGGAAAAAGUCAUUUCAUUUUGUAAAUUAGCAAAAGAUUAAAUAAAAGGAAAGCACAGCAUGUCGGCCAAACAAAAUUCCAAGAAGUUCAAGUGGGCGCUGGACUUUACCGGGAGCAAAAACGCGGAUAUUCCUUCGCCGCUGGGCUACAAUCCAUCUGCCCUGGUGAACCAGAGCGAGGUGGUGCGCGACCAGCGUCUGGUCAUCAAGAAGUCCUGGGACCUUGCUCUGGGACCUCUUAAAAACAUUCCCAUGAACCUCUUCAUCAUGUACAUGUCCGGAAACUCGAUAUCCAUUUUUCCCAUCAUGAUGGUCGGCAUGAUGCUAAUCCGGCCUAUCAAGGCCAUCUUCACCACUCAGGUGACUUCCAAAAUGGCGGAGGGAGCCCAGGGAACUGGCCAGCGCAUCGUCUACUUCCUGGGCAACCUAGCAAACGUGGCCUUGGCCCUCUACAAGUGCCACAGCAUGGGUCUACUACCCACCCACGCCUCCGAUUGGUUGGCUUUUGUCCAACCUCAGACUCGCUUGGAGUACUACGGCGGAGGAGUUUCGUUUGUCUAGUUUUACACGUAUAUCUUCUCUUUAUUUGAUCAUAGAUAAAUUUGUUUAAACUAAAAAUAUGGACUUAUUUCGCCAGUCAGUCGUCUAGUAUCUUCUUGGCCUCCUUUUUGAUGUCAUCCACUAGUUUCUCGCCGGCCGA